AUGGCCAGUAUACCAACGCGAAUUAUUAAUCGUGGGCGCAUAGGACCUAUCAAUCCGAGAGUGUCUACUGAUUCAGAACGAACAAAUUUUUCGUCAGCUUCAGAAGUGAGUACAGUCUCUUCAGAAUCGAUAGAACAAAAAUCAAGAGAACCAUCUACUGAAAGUGAAAAAGUGACUAAUUCAGUAUUAUCGACCCAGCAAAAACGAAUCAUUGCUGUAGGUGUUAGUGUUGGCCUAUUGGUACUUAUUGGUGUUAUUCUAUGUGUGAUUUUGCUGCUUACAUUAAAUAAAACAUCGGCAACGAUAGCGACAACGGCCGCAUCCAAACCUUUAACUAUGGUUACAACGACACUGAGAUGA